CGUGAUGUAUGUGUGAAGGGGAUAUUUAUAUUUAGACUCAUCAGCUUUAGCGCCUUUUAUGAAAGAGAUUUUUUUAUUUUACAAACACCAGUGAUACUAAAAUAAGAUCGUCAUUGUUACGAUUUACAAUAACCUAAGCCGGCGAUAAAGUUUGAUACAGACUUAUUCAUAUGAAUUUAGCUGGUAAAAUGGCUUCAUGGUCGAGUUUGUUUGUUUUUAUUUUAUUAAUUCACGCAGCAGAUGGUUGUCCAAAACAGUAUUAUGGUGUAGACUGUAAGAAUCAGUGUGACGUCAACUGUAAAAAUAGAUUAUGUGAUUCAGCAUCUGGUAUUUGUAAUGAUUGUGUUGAUGGUAAAUAUGGUACCAACUGUCAAUCAACAUGUACAGUUGAUCAGUGUAUAGGUGGUUGUAACAGGAAUACAGGACAUUGUUCUCUCUGUAUUCAAGGUUACUAUGGCCCCAACUGUCAACAGAGCUGUACAGUUACUAACUGUGUAGGUAACUGUAAUAUGAAUACAGGACAGUGUUCCAGCUGUACACGAGGUUACUAUGGUAACAACUGCGAAGACCGAUGCACCGUUAAUAAUUGUAACGAUAACUGUGAUAGGAAUACAGGCCAUUGUUACAGCUGUAUACAAAGUUUCUAUGGUGUCAACUGUGAAAACCGAUGCACAGUUACUAAUUGUAACGAUAACUGUGAUAGGAAUACAGGUCAUUGUUACAGCUGUAUACGGGGUUACUAUGGUCUCAACUGUGAAGAGCAAUGUACAGUAACUAAAUGUAAUGAUAACUGUGAUAGGAAUACAGGUCAUUGUUACAGCUGUAAACGGGGUUACCAUGGUACCAACUGUGAAGAGCAAUGCACAGUUACUAACUGUAACGAUAACUGUGAUAGGAAUACAGGUCAUUGUUAUAGCUGUAUACGGGGUUACUAUGGUUCCAACUGUCAACAGAGCUGUACAGUUACUAACUGUUACGAUAACUGUGAUAGGAAUACAGGUCAUUGUUACAGUUGUAUACGGGGUUACUAUGGUGCCAAUUGUGAGGAGCAAUGUACAGUUAGUAACUGUAAUGAUAACUGUGAUAGGAAAACAGGCCAUUGUUACAGCUGUAAACGUGGUUAUCAUGGUACCAACUGUGAAGAGAAAUGCACUGUUACUAACUGUAACGGUAACUGUGAUAGGAAAACAGGCCAUUGUUACAGCUGUAUAAAGGGUUACUAUGGCACCAACUGUGAAGAGCAAUGCACAGUUACUAACUGUAAUGAUAACUGUGAUAAGAAUACAAGCCAUUGUUAUAGCUGCAUACGGGGUUACUAUGGCGCCAAUUGUGAAGAGCAAUGCACAGUUACUAACUGUAACGAUAACUGUGAUAGGAAUACAGGUCAUUGUUACAGUUGUAUACGGGGUUACCAUGGUACCAACUGUGAAGAGAAAUGCACAGUUACCAACUGUCACGAUAACUGUGAUAGGAAAACAGGCCAUUGUUAUAGCUGUAUUCAAGGUUACUAUGGUACCAACUGUCAACAGAGCUGUACAGUUACUAACUGUGUCAGUAACUGUAAUAGGACUACGGGACAAUGUUAUAGAUGUAUACAGGGUUACUAUGGUACCAAUUGUCAACAGAGCUGUACAGUUACUAACUGCGUAGGUAACUGUAAUAAGAAUACAGGGCAGUGUUCUAGGUGUACAGAGGGUUACCGUGGUACCAACUGUGAGCAGAUAUGUAUUGAUGGUGACUGUAAUAAAGAUACUGAUUACUAUACUGGUGGAUGUCAAAGUUGCACCGACAGUAGAUGUGACCCAACGUGUGUUCGACGCCCCGACUGGUAUUCUGUGAAAAAGUCGAGGGCGACAAAUCAACAAUACGACAAAAUUGACGAGACAACACGAAACAAUUGACAGUAGGACACGAGAACACGACAAAAUGAAUGUGACGACAGCCCGGUUAUUUUCUCGUUAUUUGUUUGCUUUUGCUUUUCUUUUUUUUUUGGGGGGGGGGGGGGGUGCGGGGUAUAAUUUCAUAAAUAAUAGGUCGAUCAAAUAUCAAAGAUCUUAAAAAAGAUUGUUUUUUAGGAAUAAUAAUCAGGCCUCGGAAAAUUUGGGUUAUACUAUCUAUAUCCCUUAAUUUUUUUUAAUCAAAAAGGAAUCGACAGAUUGGGGAAUUUUUACUUUCAAAAUUACUUAUAAUUAAUAGAUCAAUGCACGAAGAUUUAUUUAUAAAAGACUAGAGGGGUGGGUGGCUGAUUGGAUAACGCGUGCGUGUUGGAUCAGAAGGUCUGUCAUUGAGUUAAGCGGCGUGGUUUCGAUUCCCCGCUUGUACGUGGCAAGGGGCGGGGGGAGUCGCCUGUCCAGACUCGUGGGUUUUCUCCGGGUCCUCCGAUUUGUUCCUACUGCUAAAGGCCACUAAGCGCAAGCGAAUUAGUG